AUGCGCUGUGCACACACUCCAUAUGUGAUAUUCCAUCACCAAAACAAGCAGGCCAUCGGGUUGCCACAAAAUUGGUAUAUUGAUUUGGCUCUAAGCGUGUGGCAGAUUCAGCUUGAACAUCCGAGACACCAGCAGGAUGAGAUAAUGAAUCGUGUGGAUCGACAACUCCAAGCACCACGGGAGAACACCACUUCAAUAACUAUUUUGAUGUCGACAGAGAUAUGCAGGGUUAGAAGCCACAUGAUGCGGACCAACCUGCAGUUUAUGAUUAUCACCAACAAGAAGCGGUGGCUGGUUAACCCCCAAGAAGAAUAA